GAAUAACAGAGAACGGCCAAGAACUGAAUGUAUUCGGAAAGCUAUUCAUUGUCUGAUAAACGAUCACAUAAUAGUGUAUCGCCGGGCAGCUCUUUUGCAUUCGAAAGCGCUUAUAAAUAUAUUAUUUUUGUGAUGUAUCCUUUUGGCGAUGAGUAACUGUGCAUUCUGGUAUCAUCUGUGCUUUAGAGAUGCUGUAUUUGAUCGGUCUUGGUCUGGGCGAUGUUAAAGACAUCACUGUUAAAGGUUUAGAGAUCGUCCGGCAGUGUAGUCGUGUUUAUCUGGAGGCUUACACGUCCAUACUGACCGUCGGGAAGGAAGCUUUGGAGGAGUAUUAUGGGCGCGAGUUGCUGCUGGCAGACAGAGACAUGGUGGAACAACAGGCAGAUGAGAUCCUGAAGGGAGCAGAUGUCAGUGAUGUUGCUUUUCUAGUGGUUGGUGAUCCUUUUGGAGCUACUACCCACAGUGACCUGGUUCUGCGAGCGUUGAAUGCUGGGAUUCAGUAUCGCGUUAUUCACAAUGCCUCCAUCAUGAACGCGGUGGGCUGCUGUGGAUUGCAGCUGUACAACUUCGGGGAGACAGUGUCCAUUGUGUUUUGGACAGACACAUGGAGACCUGAGAGCUUCUAUGAUAAGAUCAAGAAGAACAGGGAUAUGGGCCUGCACACGCUGUGCCUGCUGGAUAUCAAAGUCAAAGAGCAGUCCAUGGCGAAUUUAAUGAGGGGUCGAAAGAUUUACGAGCCUCCCAGGUACAUGACUGUUGCUCAGGCAGCUGAGGAACUCUUAGAAAUACUACAGAACCGACGGGAUCGGGGUGAGGAACUGGCAAUGACUGAAGACACAGUGUGUGUUGGUCUGGCUCGGAUCGGAGCCGAGGACCAGACCAUCCGUUCCGGGACGCUGCAAGAGUUGGCGUCCUGUGACCUGGGAGGACCACUUCACUCAAUGAUCAUCAGUGGACACCUUCAUCCUCUAGAGGUCGACAUGUUGAAACUCUUCAGUGGUCCUGAGAGAUUGAAGACCUUGAAGAUGACCGAUAGUUCCACAUACGUUUCUUGAUAUCCAAGAAGCUUGUUCUCCUCAAGAAAAAGUUCCCUUUUCAAUACUCCUGGGUUUUUUAAAAAGGAAAAGCAGACAAGGUGGUCCACGUGAGAGCCUAGAGCUGCUGGAGGGUCAGGAGAGCACACAAAUUACAUAAUUGUUAUUCCAGAUCAAAUUUGACCACUAUAACCUUUAAGCACCAGUCGGGCCAGGGUUGCAUUACAUUAAAAGAUUUAGAUUAGGAGUGGGAUGAUUAUUUUGACAUGUGGUAGUCAUGUUCUUGACUACCACACGAUUAAUGCCAUCAUCAAAAAUAAAUGAUGGAAUUAUAAUAGAGGAAAUGGAAAAGGUUAUUGUGGACCAACUGCAUCUGGGUUGCAUUAGUGCCUCUGAAAUUGAGCUUUACUCGAAAUUGGCAUAAUGUUUCUGUACAUUUCUUAAUGGAAUUUUUCAGUAAGAAUGAAAAU